GUGGCGAACGUCCGAGUCAAUGGACUCUCGUCUUAAAUCGAAUUAGUGGUGUUACGAGUGAUUUUUAAUCCCCAGGAAUUAUUACGAUGUUUCAGGUGGAUCACUAGUAAACUGGCGACGUGAUAGAAGUUUAAUUCUUGGCCGGAUUCUUGUAUUACGGUAGAUGCUACUGUAAGGACUUGGCACGACUCAGGACAACCCCAAAAUGCAGCAACAGUCAGUAAUGGAAGAGGGAACGGCCUACGAGCCUCCAACUUACGAUGAGACCUUCCCAGUCCUUCCCGAAUCGACAAGAUCGACAAGUUCGACAACCAGCAGCCCAAAUCCUUCGCCAAGUGUUAAUAACAGCAUGCGUGUAGGAUGCUCCGUCGUUACUCACGUUUUUCGUGUGCCGGUCGAAGAGAGGAAAUUCGACCACAGCGAUAAGUUUGGAGAAGGCGAAUCUGUUCGCACUUGCCAACUGAUAACGAAAGAGUCGGGGGCUCACAUCGAAAUUGCAUCUUCGAAGGAUCAAUCGCUCACUUUUUUGGUGACUGGAAAGCAGUCUCAAGUUCUCGAAGCGAGACGUCGAAUUCUGACGACUUUCCAGACGCAGUCGACGAAGCAGAUUAAUAUUCCGAAAGAACACCAUCGAUGGAUUCUGGGAAAGCAGAGGCAAAGACUAAAGGAUUUGGAGAAAGUUACAUCGACAAAAAUUAUGGUUCCGCAAAUCCAAGAACAAUCUGAUAUAAUAACAAUCACAGGAACCAAGGAGGGAAUCGAGAAGGCCGAGCAUGAUAUUCGAGUGAUUUCUGAUGAGCAGUCAAGAAAGGCCUUUGUGAGGGUAACUGUGCCAAAAAUCUACCACCCCUUUAUUGUGGGAGCCCAUAAUGAAAAUCUGGCGAAACUCGUCGCCGAUACAGGAGCGCUGAUUAACGUUCCUCCCCCUUCGGUUCAAAAAGAUGAAAUCACGAUUGCGGGAGAGACCGAAUGCGUUGCUAUCGCAAGGCAGAAAAUCGAGGCCAUUUAUAAAGAUAUGGAGAAGCGAUGUGCGACCGUUUCCGUAGAAGUUCCAAAAGCUCAGCACAAAUAUGUGCUUGGGCCAAGAGGCAGCACGAUAAACGAAAUUCUCUCCUUGACGGGAGUGAGUGUAGAAAUGCCUUCCAACGAUUCGGCAAUUGGGACGAUAACACUGCGUGGACCUCAAGACAAGCUUGGAGUUGCCUUGAGCAAGGUCUACGAAAAAGCGAAUAGCAUGUGCAAUGACGCAGUGGACGCGCCGGCGUGGAUCCACAAAUAUAUUAUCGGACCCAAGGGUGCGAAUAUUAAGAAAAUUACCCAGGAUAUGGGCAAAGUGAAUGUCGAAUUUAACGACAAAGAGAACAAAAUCAAAAUCGAAGGACCUCCGGAGGAAGUCGAGAGGGUGAAGAAUACAAUUCAUUCGAUGGCUGAGGACUAUGUGGCCAAACUCGUCUUCAGGGAAUUAAACAUCGAUCCUAAGUACUAUAAGCAUAUCAUCGGGAAAAAUGGAACCAAUGUGAAUCGUCUGAAAACUGAAAUGGGUGUCGUUAUCACGAUAUCUGAAGAAGGCGGUAACAAUUUGAUUCGAAUUGAAGGAAAUUCCACUGGAGUCUCGCAGGCAGAGAAGGAACUGUUGGAAAUGGUGGAUAAAUUAGAGAAUGAAGUUGAGAAAGAUGUGCCGAUCGAGCAUCGAUUUUACCGAAAGAUUAUCGGAAAUAAGGGUGACAACAUCAAAGAAAUUAGGGAUAAGUUCAACCAAGUGCAGAUCAUUAUUCCCGCUCAAGGAGAGAAAGGAGACGUUGUUAAAAUUCGGGGGCCAAAACAGGACGUGGAAAAAUGUCACAGACACUUGAUGAAAUUGGUGAAGGAACUGCGCGAAAGCAGUUUUGUCCUCGAAGUGCCGAUCUUCAAACAAUUCCAUAAAUACAUCAUCGGCAAGGGCGGUGCCAAUAUUCGCAAGAUUCGUGAAGAGACGCAAACCAAGAUCGAUUUGCCAGCCGAGGGAGAGAAAAGUGACGUGAUUAUUAUCACUGGCAAAAAAGAAAAUGUCGAAGAGGCGAGAGACAAAAUCCAGAAGAUUCAGAAUGAAAUGACGAGUACUGUCACUGAGGAGAUAUCGAUUCCUCCCAAAUUCUACAAUACUCUUAUUGGAACCGGCGGAAAGUUGAUUCAAUCCAUAAUGGAAGACUGCGGUGGAGUUACUAUCAAAUUCCCUCCUUCCGAAAGCAAAAGUGACAAGGUCAGCAUUCGAGGACCGAAGGAGGACGUCGAGAAAGCGAAACAACAACUUACGGAACUGACAAACGAAAAACUCCUUUCGAGUUACACCGUCGAAAUUCGUGCAAAGGCUCAACAUCACAAAUUCCUUAUUGGCAAAAGCGGUGCCAAUAUAAGAAAGAUUCGAGAAUCCACGGGAGCUCGCAUUAUUUUUCCAACUGAGAGAGAUGAAGACAAGGAAUUGGUUACCAUAAUGGGUAAAAAAGAAGCUGUCGAAAAGGCCAAAGCUGAACUCGAAGCAACAAUCAGUGAAAUAGACAAUAUAACUGAAGGGGAGAUCAGCAUCGAUCCGAAACAUCACAGGCAUUUUGUCGCGAGAAGAGGGGGAGUUUUGCAUAAAAUUGCUGAUGAAUGUGGGGGUGUUCAGAUUUCUUUCCCAAGAGCCGGAGUUGAUAGCGAUCGGGUUACUUUAAAAGGUGCUCACGAAUGCAUCGAAGCUGCCAAACAACGCAUGCGAGAAAUUGUUCAGGAAUUGGAAUCGAUGGUUACAAUCGAGUGCAUCAUUCCCAAAAGAUUCCAUCGCACUGUCAUGGGAGCCAAGGGCUGCAAAGUUCAAAACAUCACAUCCGAGUUUGACGUUCAAAUCAAAAUUCCCGAUCGCGAUACUUAUGCCGAUGAGAAACCGGCCGAAGAAGUUAACGGAGAAAAUGGAGGAGAAGCAGCAGUCGAGACUGUUUCGCCAGGAGAUAUAAUUCGCAUCACUGGAUUACCGGAAAAGGCAGAAGCUGCCAAACAAGCUCUGCUGGAUCUCGUCCCGAUUACUAUCGAAGUGGAAGUUCCGUUUGAUCUUCAUCGCUCGAUAAUUGGACAGAAGGGAAAAGACGUUCGAGAACUGAUGGAAACUUACGACGUUCAUAUCAAACUUUCUCCAGCGGAACAAAAGCUGGAUUAUAUCGAGAUUUCGGGAACACCGGCGUGUGUUGAAAAUGCGAAGCAGGCGAUCUUGGACAAAUGCGAGGUUUUGAAAGCUGAGAGAGAAGACAGGGCUUUAAAAUCGUUUGAAUUGAAGCUCGAAGUAGAUCCUGAGUAUCAUCCGAAAAUAAUUGGAAGAAAAGGAGCGGUAAUCACGAAAAUUCGCACUGAUCAUGAUGUGCAAAUUAUUUUCCGUCGCAAAGGCGAACCCGAGGAAAAUAUUAUCACUAUAACGGGAUACGAGCAAAAUACUUUGGACGCUCGUGAUGAUAUUUUGAAGAUAGUUAACGAGCUGGAUGGCCUAACGAAGGAGGAGAUUCGCAUCAGCUCGGCAGUUCACUCGAGACUGAUUGGAGCUCGUGGAAGAAAUAUCCGUCAAAUAAUGAACGACUACAAGGUCGAUAUCAAAAUACCUCGUAAAACCGACCCAGAUCCAGAAAUGGUGUCGAUUAUUGGUGCCGAAGAUAACGUUCUUGACGCCAAAGAUUAUCUUCUUAAAUUGGAAGAGGAAUACAUGCAAGAUGUGGCUCACACCUACGAGUAUUCAAAUAGCCACCGUACUCCUCAACGCGGCGACGAUGAAAGCGGCAACGAGAACGAUUCGGGCUUCGUUGUGAAAGGCGGCCCCUGGGAACAAUCACCCCAGAGUGCUCCAAACACCGCCAGCGUCGAGGAAUUUCCAUCAUUCGGAGGAUUCACUCCCGUCGCAGCUGCAAAUCCCGAUGGCGCCUGGGGAAAGCGCUAAAAAAAUGCAAAAUUCGAGACGAUAUUGUCUCAAGAGCCCCAUUAAAAACAACAAAAAAAGCAACAACAACAAAUAAAAGAAAACUUUCCUCUAACAAACGAACGAUUUAAGAUAUAUAAGAAGGGUACUCGCACCGCUGCUGGGUGGUUCCCUCCUCCAUUACUGAAAGCUGCUGCAUACGACCUGGCCACUCUCUUGGACUUUGACAAUGGUUUGCUACACAGAGUACGACGACGAUGUUUAUAUUUACAGUUUACACCGUGUACCCCUAUAUCUGUAUCUGAAAAGAAAAAGCAAAAAGAAAAGAAAGCGUUUCAGCUACAGAUAUGCUGUACUUAAGACUGUGGCUUUGUAGGAGAUAUUUAUAAUAUUAUUCGCGCUCUAAAUUUCCCAAUUUUGAGCCGCGAACGGCUGAAACUUUUACAUAUUAGCCCGGAAUAAUAUUUUCUCGUUUUUUUUUGUCUUUUUUUUUGUCUUUGUUAAUUUAUUUAUAAUAUUGUACAUAAAAUUGCAUUUUUGUUGAACCGAGGCGGCAAAGCUCGCUCAUAAAUCAUUAUGCAGUCCAGGGGCAGAUUUUUUUUUUUUUUUUUUUUGAUUGAAUGUAUAAUGAAUUUAGCAGGGAAAACAGAAGAAACAUGAUUUGACAAAAAGUAAUAAUUUGGGGUCGUGCAAUAAUUUUUGGAUCGUCAGAAUCGAUGAUUUCGGUUCGUUUCCAUUGUGGCCAAAAAUCCAAAUUUCGAGUCGUCCCCGAAUUUGACCGGCAACCAAAUAUGAAAUCGUGAAAAUUGUUUUUGUUUUCUCUUUUGUUUUCUUUUUUUUUUUUCUUCAUUCUUUGUUUUUUUUCUGCGAAUAAACUAUUCAGGAAGUGCGUUUUGCAUAUAGUUACUACAUUUCCGAGGCCAACUAGAUAAUAUGAAGGAUGAGAAAAACUAUUCGGUUCAAGUGCCUUGUCUAUUUUCUUCGAGACAGCUCAUUUUCAAUUGUUGGAGGAAUGUGAAUAUUAUUGUGUAUGAUACCGAUAAUAAUCGUAUCGAUAUUAUUAUUAAGUGUAGUUGGAAUAAUGGCAGAGAAAAAGGAUUUCGAUAGAUAGAAAAAAAAGAAAGGUAAUUGAUAACUGAAUACUAAAUAUGAUAAAAGUGAGAAAGGAAUUGUAGUGUGACUGGGGGAGAAAGAGAGAGAGAGAGAAAGUUGAGUUGAGGUGAAGUACUGAAUUAGAUAUUAGCGUUAAUUGUCUCAUCGGGUAUAGAGAAGAAAUUCACUUAUAUUUUUUAGAAUUGUCGCAAUUUUGAUAAGACUACUGGUAGGGGCAAUUAUUAUACGCGUCUUCUCCAAUCGCUUGUUUUUUGGCUUGGAAAAGGAAAAAAGACAGACAUGUAAGCCUCACAAUGUAUGUUCUAUGAAAAAAAAAAAAAAAUAUUAAAAAAAUAA